GUAAUUGGUGGUUAGCAGGACACUAAUCGGUCUGGUUUUCAUUGUUUCGUAAAUGGCAGGUAAGCUAUGGCCAUUUCAUGCGAUUGAAGCCGGCAGUCAUUUGUGGUGGCGGGUACGAAAUUGAAGGGACUGUAAAUAGUUGCUCACAUGGCAGGAGCAGAGAGGAGAAAGGAGGUGUGUGAGGCAGUGGAACAAUCUCCUUGCCUGGAGCGAAGUGGGCGUCAGAGAGUGAUGAGUGAUCUGUGAUCCGUCACAAUAAUUUCCACUUUCCGGUUUUCACAGAGCCUCUGCUGCUCCAUUUUGCUUCCCCUGCAUCAGCACCAGCUGCCGCCUGCCGGUGCAAGUGCUUGAUGGCGGCGGCGGCGGCGGCGGCGGUUGCAGGGUUGUAGUGCGUCGUCUUGUGUCUGCGGAUGGGGAAGGCGGGCAGGUGGCUGAGAAACUUCUUCCUGCCGGGGAAGAAGGGGAGGAAGGCCAAGGACAAAGCGGAUGCUGACUGCCAGUCGGUGCUGUCGGCGCCGUUGCCGGCGCAGGCGGCGGCGACGCCGUCCGUGAGGGAGAAGAGGCGGUGGAGCUUCCGGCGGCCGGGGUCUGCUGCGGCGGCGGUGGGCAAGGUCGACGCGGGCGCGUCCGGCGGCCAGGGGCCACAGGGCCCGCUCGCGUCCUCGUCGUCGCACUGCUUCUCGGAGGCUGAGGUGCGUGUCGCGGUGUCUCAGGACCAGCACGCCGUCGCCGAGGUCGCGACCACCGCGGCGCCGGUCGCCUCGCUCCCGCCGCCGGCGUUGGCGAGGAUUGGCGUUGGCGGCGGUGGCGGUGAGGAUGAGGAGGCCGCGGCGGCGAUCAGGAUCCAGUCGGCCUUCCGAUCGUAUCUGGCGAGGAAGGCGCUGUGCGCGCUGCGAGGGAUGGUGAGGCUGCAGGCGAUGGUGAGGGGCCAGCUGGUGCGGCGGCAGGCGAACGUGACGCUCCGGCGGAUGCAGGCGCUCGUCGACGCCCAGCGGCGCGCGCGCGCCGAGCGGCUGCGGCUCCUCGGGGAGGACCACGGCAGGCAGCAGCUCGCCGCCGCCACGCGGCGGCCAACGCCGAGCCGCCGGUCGCCGCAGCACCCGCGGUCCCGGAAGCCACUGGAGUCGGUGGAGAGGGGCUCGGAGGAGAACGUCAAGAUUGUGGAGGUGGACAAUGGCGGCGCGGCCGCGCGGCGGAGCAGCAGCUGCUACUCGACUACGACGCCGGGCCGCACGCUAGCGAAGGCCGAGCUGUACCAGAAGGUCUCGCCGACGCCGUCGGCGCUGACGGACGCGAGCGCGCGGACGCUCAGCGGGCGGUUCGACGACGCGUCAUUCGCCUCCGCGUGCGAGGCGAGCCGGCGCGGCAGCGCGGCGGCGUCGUUGCGCGCCGACCACGCCCACGCGCCGCCGCCGUUCCCGAACUACAUGGCGAAUACGGAGUCGUCGCGCGCCAGGGCGCGGCGGUCGCAGAGCGCGCCGCGGCAGCGCCCCUCGUCGGCGUCCGAGUCCACGGCGGCGGCGGCCUCGCCGUCCCCAUCGUGCUGCGAGCCGCGGCCGCCGAGCGGGGCCGGAGGCGGGACUAGCAGCGCGCGGCGGAGGGCGUCGCUGGACCCGCUGGACCUGCGCGGCGCGCCCCGGAGCUCCGCCGGGCGCAUGGAGCGGUGCGCGUCGCGGGCCAUGGCGCUUGCGCGCGCGAGCGGGAGCGCGAUCUCGUCGCUCCCCGGCAGCGAGUGCGGGUCGUCGAGCACCGUCGGCCACCGUGGCAGUGUGCAUGGGCCAUGGCAGGGGUGACCAUCUCUCCUCAUCAGUUUCGCGAGUGAGGAAGAGACGGAACCUUUACAGUAGAAAACUGACGAAUCUGAGGAAUGGAACUUUCGAUCAUGGUGUGCUUGCGUGUCUGAUUUUUGUCAGUGUGGAUGUAGGAGAUGAAUUUUGUUUAGCAAAGGCGCCACUGGGCCUACAGGUUUUCGGCCAAUUUUCGGUUGAAAAGAAAGGAAAUUUGAUUGGAUUCAUUUUAGUAAGAACACUUUGAUUUGACCAAA